AUGCCUAAAUUAGGAGCUCUAACAUUGACUAAGAAUACCGGCGCGCAACAUACUGCGACCGUAAUUUUUUUUCAUGGUUCUGGAGCAAAUGCUCCUCUACAGCCUUAUACACCUACAGGGGGACUUCUUAGUAAUGUAUGGUUUGAUAGAACAGAUAUCAAUCAAGAUGCACCAGAGCAAAUUGAUUCAAUAAAAAAAAUUGAACUACAGGUAAAAGAUUUGAUAAAAAAUGAAAAUGAUGCUGGAAUUCCAAGCAAUAGAAUUAUUGUUGGAGGAUUUUCCAUGGGAGGAGCACUUUCGUUGUAUACAGGAUAUAUAUGGGACCGAAAUUUGGCAGGAGUCUUUGCAUUUAGCUCCUUUCUCAAUACUAAGUCAAUGGUUUAUAAUGAUUUAAAAAGCCUUGGUGAAAACAAGUUGCCACCCCUACUACAAAUACAUGGAGACAGUGAUGACUUGGUAGACUUGUCCUGGGGUCAAAAAACCUUUAAUGAGUUAAGGACAGUUGGUGUUACAGGUUCUACACUUAAAAGGCCAUUGUCAGAUAUUACCAAUGAACCUAUCCACAAUCCAACACUGGUUGAGCCCUCAACAUCCACAGCGAUU